CACUAUGUGUGUAAGCAAUGUGCAAAAGCUUUUAUCCAACCUGGAAUUUGUAAGGAACAAGAAAGUAUUCACACUGGAGAGAAACCCUAUGUAUGUAAGCAAUGUGGGAAAGCUUUUAAAACACAGGGAGAUUGUAAGAAACAUGAAAGAAUUCACACUGGAGAGAAACCAUAUGUAUGUAAACAAUGUGGGAAAGCUUUUAAAACACAGGGAGAUUGUAAGAAACAUGAAAGAAUUCACACUGGAGAGAAACCCUAUGUAUGUCAGCAAUGUGGGAAAGCUUUUACCAGACCUGGACAUUGUAAGCAACAUGAAGGCAUUCACACUGGAGAGAAACCAUAUGUAUGUAAUCAAUGUGGGAAAGCUUUUAACACACCUGCAUAUUUUAAGGUUCAUGAAAGAAUUCACACUGGAGAGAAACCAUAUGUAUGUAAGCAAUGUGGGAAAGGUUUUACCAGACAUACAAAUUGUAAGGAACAUGAAAGAAUUCACACAGGAGAGAAACCAUAUGUGUGUAAGCAAUGUGGGAAAGCUUUUAAUACACAGGGAGAAUGUAAGAAACAUGAAAGAAUUCACAUUGGAGAGAAACCAUAUGUAUGUAAGCAAUGUGGGAAAGCUUUUACCAGACCUGGACGUUGUAAGGAACAUGAAAGAAUUCACACAGGAGAGAAACCAUAUGUGUGUAAGCAAUGUGGGAAAGCUUUUAAAACACGUGCAUAUUUUAAGGUUCAUGAAAGAAUUCACACUGGAGAGAAACCAUAUAGAUGUAAGCAGUGUGGGAACACUUUUAGCACAUGGGGAAAUUGUAAGAAACAUGAAAGAAUUCACACUGGAGAGAAACCCUAUGUAUGUAAGCAAUGUGGGAAAGGUUUUACCAAUUCUGGACAUUGUAAGCAACAUGAAAGAAUUCACACUGGAGAGAAACCAUAUGUAUGUAAGCAAUGUGGGAAA